UGUUUCAGUGUUGUGUAGAUGAUGACUGUGAUUGACACGACCAAUGAAAUCUUCAGAAUCUGUGGUGGGCGGAGUUUGUUCUUGUGUUAAAAAGGUGAGGGUUGUUCACUUUAUCCUACAGGACUGGAGAAGAAGCUGAAGACGAGGUUGACGACAUGAAUGAUCCGGAACCAUCCAGAAUAAAACAUGAAGAUACUGAGGAACAAACAGUCUGGAUGGAACAGCAAACACAUGAGGUGAAUGAAGUGGAGGAGGAACAUUGUAAAGUCAAAACUUCAAGAAAAAAAGACAAAAAGCUUCACACCUGCUCACAGUGUGGAAAGGGUUUCAGAGACAAAGGAAGCCUUAAGACGCACAUGAGGAUCCACACUGGAGAGAAACCACACACAUGCUCUCAGUGUGGAAAGAGUUUUACUACAGUAUCAAGUCUCAGUUAUCAUCUGCGCAUUCACUCUGGAGAAAAGCCUUUUAACUGUGAUCAGUGUGGUAAAAAGUUCAUUUCAUCAUCAAGGCUAAAAGCACACCUGAGAGUUCAUUCAGAAGAGAAGCCUCAUGUGUGUUCUUACUGUGGAAAGAGUUUUUCAAACCUGGACAGUCGUAAAACGCACCAGAAAAGACAUAAUGAAGUGAGAGAUCACAUGUGUUUUGAGUGUGGGAAGAGCUUUAUUACAGCUGUCCAUCUGAAACGGCACCAAAUGAUUCACACUGGAGAGAAACCUUACAAGUGCUCCUACUGUGACAAGAUUUUCACUGAUUCUGGAAACGUGAAAAUACAUGAGCGAGUUCAUACUGGAGAGAAACCUUACACAUGCUCAUAUUGUGACAAGAGUUUCACUCAGUCUGGAAGCCGGAAAGUACAUGAGCGAGUUCACACUGGAGAGAAACCUUACAAGUGCUCCUAUUGUGACAAGAGUUUCAGUCGAUCUGAAAACUUAAAAUUACAUGUGCGAGUUCACACUGGAGAGAAACCGUACCUCUGUACUCAGUGUGGAAAGAGUUUCGCAAAGUCAGCGAGUCUUGUGACUCAUAUUAAAAAGUAUUGUUCUGUGUCCGUGACUGGAGCAGAAGCUGAAGAGGAGAUUGAAGACAUGAGUGUCUCAGAACCAUCCAGAAUAAAACAUGAAGAUACUGAGGAACAAACAGUCUGGAUGGAACAGCAAACACAUGAGGUGAAUGAAGUGGAGGAGGAACAUUGUAAAGUCAAAACUUCAAGAAAAAAAGACAAAAAGCUGCACACCUGCUCACAGUGUGGAAAGAGUUUUGUAAGCAAAGGAAACGUUAAGACGCACAUGAGGAUCCACACUGGAGAGAAACCAUACACCUGCACUCAGUGUGGAAAGAGUUUUACUGCAGUAUCAAGUCUCAGUUAUCAUCUGCACAUUCACUCUGGAGAAAAGCUUUUUAACUGUGAUCAGUGUGGUAAAAAGUUCAUUUCAUCACCAAGUCUAAAAGCACACCAGAAAGUUCAUUCAGAAGAGAAGCCUCAUGUGUGUUCUUACUGUGGAAAGAGUUUUUCACUGCUGUCCAGUUAUAAACAGCACCAGAAAACACAUAAUGGAGUGAGAGAACACAUGUGUUUUGAGUGUGGAAAGAGCUUUCCUGCAGACUUACAUCUGAAACGGCAUCAAAGGAUUCACACUGGAGAGAAACCUCACAAGUGUUCAUAUUGUGACAAGAGUUUCACUGAUUCUGGAAGCCUGAUAGUACAUGAGCGAAUUCACACUGGAGAGAAACCUUACAAGUGUUCAUAUUGUGACAAGCGUUUCACUGUUUCUGGAAGCCUGAAAGUACAUGAGCGAAUUCACACUGGAGAGAAACCUUACAAGUGUUCAUAUUGUGACAAGAGUUUCACUGAUUCUGGAAGCCUGAAAGUACAUGAGCGAGUUCACACUGGAGAGAAACCGUACCUCUGUACUCAGUGUGGAAAGAGAUUCACACAGUCAGCGAGUCUUGUGACUCAUAUUAAAAAGCAUUGUUCUGUGUCCGAGUGAGCAAAUAUUUUUUACAGAAUCAGUAUUUCAAGUCAACAAUGUGAAUUUCAGAUUCAGUAAAUCUUAGAUUAGCACAAAUUAUUAGCUUUGCUGUGAACAAGAUUUGUGGAGAUAUUUUUGCAGAACAGCAAAAGUAUUUAGUCAUUUUAGCCUUACAUGGUUUUUUUUAUAUUACUACAUUAUUAUAUGCAACAUAAAAUUUGUGUAGGUUUUGUAUAAUGAUGCAAAUAAAUUUACA